GCAUUAGCAUUAGCUACGUUGCCAGACUUGAUGGAUCAAAGCAGAUUUUUUUUUAAUUUAAUUUUUCUUUACUCAAUUUGAUGUUGCAGUCUCUUCCCCACACAAUUAUACCUUCGGCAACAGCAACUAGUGCUUUCUAUAUCACUGUUUUUUCUUCUUUCCCCACUGUUAAUUUUUUCUUUUUAGGAAAGAAAACGUAAAGUUGACGAUUCUCUAUGCCGCUCUAUCUUUACUACCUUGCUUCCUUACUUCAAAAUCUUUACUUUAUCUCUCCCUCCUCAACUUCUCUUUUGAUUCAUCUCCAUUCUUUAUCUUGCUUUCUUAUAUACCUAUAAUUUGAAUCCAUUAAAGUAGGGAAGCAAUGAAAGAUAGAGGUAAAGCCGUGGAAGUAUACAGGAAUGAGUUUUUCUCAGAUUAUAGUUGUUCAUCAGAUCUUGCUUGCAGGAAACAUCCUCAGUCUUCUUCAGUUGGCAUAUGUGCUUAUUGUCUUAAAGAUCGUUUAGUGAAGUUGGUGUGCUCAGAUUGUGGAGAGCAGCGUCUCUCUUCAUGCUCUUGCUCUGAAAUCUCUUCCAAUCGCAAUUCUUGCACUGUUGAGGUGGGCAGUGUUGGCCGUGUUUCGUUUCUCAUUGAAAAUGACAAGCAAAACGAAGUUAUUGCAUCAAAUCAAAACUCUAAGCCCAGAAAUAGCACCGGAGAGAAAUCGGAAGAAGUUAUCUUGCUCAAGAGAAGUAACAGCAGCUGUGUUGAGAUAAAGAAAAAGAAUGGCUUGUGGAGAAUUGGAAGGUUGUUUAGAAAGAAAAGAGACAAAGAUAAUGGCAAAAGUGUUGGUAGGUUCGAUGAGAAAAGUGAUUUAUGGGUUGUUGAUUAUAUGGGUACUGUGUCAAGGUCCAGGUCUCUUUGUAGCUUCAGGGGCGGUGGGCUUUUGGGUUCAGAAGACGGUGGGGAUUUGAUGAGUUAUUCCGGAGCCAGGAGUUCAAUUUCAGCUGCUAGGAGUUCUGGGGUCAACAAUGGUCCACUCUUUGAUCCAGAAAGAAGAAGUGGCUUCAGUGAAGCUGAGCCAAGGAAAAGUGGGUUUGAUAGUGAAAGGAGAGAGAGUUCAGCAGUAGAAUCUGAUCAAUUUGGCAGUGAUUUUAAGGGUAUGAGAAAGGCUAGUCAAACGGAGGUUGACGGUGGUGGUGGUGCUAAUAGACGUGUGUUUUCACUUAAAGAAAGUUGCUCUACUGGUGGGGAAGAUUCAGGUUUUAUUGAUCUGAAAUUUGAUUUUCCAUCAGAAUCUAUAGGGGAUUAUCGUCUGUUCCCUGCUGUGAAAAUGGGAGUUCUGCAAGAUUCAAACUCAGCUUUUGGCAGCAUGAGAGGCUGUGAUUAUCAGUUUUUGUCACAUGAUCAGGGCGGAGAUUCCUGUGGUGGUGGGGAUGAGAUGUUGUGUCACAGUGGUUCAUGUAGAAUUACAGUGAAUGAAAGAGGGAUUAAAAAGAGCGGAAAAAGUUUCAAAGGUUGGAGAUGGAUUUUCAAGCAGCAUUCAAGUUGGAUUAGUGGUAGGAAGAAAGAUCAUGAAGAUCUUAUGGUGAAUCCAUCAUAAACAUUAUUUAUGUAGUUUAAUUAGGCCAAUCUUAAUUAAAAUCUAUAUCAUCUGUGUCAUGCUCUCUGUUUUUGGCCAGUCAUGUAGAAGUAGUUAUGUUGAUUAAGCAAAUGUUCAUACCAAAAAAAUAAACUAACAGGUUUCUGUUUGUA